GGGGAGGUCACGGGAACGACGUUAGCGAGAAUGUCGGUGGACUGCUGUCUACGCAACCAGCGCCAGAAUUCUGGUGUUCCGUUGGAUAUUUCGAGCUGGACAUCCAAGUCGGCGAGACGUUCAAAGUCAGCAGUGGUUGUCGCACUGUCACCAUAGAUGGUUAUGUGGAUCCAAGUGGCGGCAACAGAUUCUGCUUAGGUGCCUUGAGCAAUGUGCACAGAACGGAGCAGAGUGAAAGGGCGCGUCUUCACAUCGGGAAAGGUGUCGUGUUGGACCUGAGAGGUGAGGGAGACGUCUGGCUGAGAUGCCAAAGCGAGCAUAGCGUCUUCGUGCAGUCCUACUACCUGGACAGAGAGGCAGGCCGAGCACCCGGUGACGCAGUUCAUAAAAUUUAUCCCUCGGCGUAUAUCAAGGUGUUCGACCUGCGACAGUGUCAUAAGCAGAUACGUGGUCAAGCCGCUACAGCUCAGGCCGCCGCGGCGGCUCAAGCUGCAGCCGUAGCCGGCCAUCUCACGCACGGGACACCUAUCACUAAAAAUCUCAGCGCAGCUGCGGGCAUUGGAGUUGAUGACUUACGAAGACUUUGUAUCCUGCGUUUAAGUUUUGUAAAAGGUUGGGGUCCGGAUUACCCACGACAGAGCAUCAAGGAAACACCAUGCUGGAUCGAGGUGCAUUUGCAUAGAGCGCUUCAGUUGCUAGAUGAGGUGUUACACACGAUGCCUAUUGACGGACCACGAUCGAUCGAAUAAUUCCAUCAUCUCGAAUCAUGAAAAGAGUGAAGAGAGCGUCGCGUUGUUGGAAUUAGGUGCGCAAGUGUGACAUCGUGCGGCAUCGCGAAUCGUUCGAACAACUUCGGUUUGAGAACGCGAGUGGACAAGCUAAAUGUAUGGACCAAAUUCAUCAGACGGUAAUGAUCAAACGAUUACAGUUGAAACGUGGAAUUCGGCCAUAGACGGCUCGGGGAGAGAGAAACGGGAAGAGAGAGAGAGAGAGAGAGAGAGAGAGAGAGAGAGAGAGAGAGCUUGCAGAAGUUAUUUAUAUAUUUAACGACUCGUGAUAUAAUAAUCUGUGUAGUAACAGGGGUUCCCAAACUUCUCAACGUCUAUGUAACAAAUGAUCCAUAGAUAAAAUACUUACAUAAUCCACAUAGCGACGUCUCUCGCUCAAUUAAAAAUUGUACAUAUAUUUUAAACGCCUCUAUAUAUUAAUGAAAAAUAUGUAGAGCGAAGCGUUUUAACUGGGAGAGGGUCAUUUGAACAUGGUUCAAUUGAACACGUUGUACUGUGUGCGAUUCAAUUGAACGUGUUUCAUUUGGACACAAUUUUUCGACACGUUACAAGCAGAUACAUUGAAAAUGCGUCCUGUUCAUUUUGAUACACGUUAAAAAUCUGUACACUGUUAACUCGGGUACGUUAAACGUGCACGCUGUUCAUUUGAGUACGUCAAAGAUGUACACACUGUUCAAUUGGGCUUGGUUGUUGCAAUGUUAUUUUGACUUAAAGCGAAACUUACAAUUUUAAAUUUAGUAAAACAAAAACGAUACUUAAAGUAUUUUAAUUUGCACUAAUUUUAAUAAAUACGAAUUAAAGCACUUUAGGUGUCUCUUUUGCUUUGUUAUGACAAAGAGUGCGGCUAACUGUGUAUGAGGGCUAUGGUCCUCAAAUCCAUUCAGUGAAAUAGAUGGUUGAAAUGGAUAUAAAAUAAAAAAAGAUCUCGAUGAGCUGAAAACAAAUUUAUAAGAAGUUGAUCCGGUCUUUCGUUCCGGAGAUACAGGGUUCCAACAAUUCCUGACUCUAAAUGGUUUUUGAUUUAUUAAAAUGUUAUUAAUACCAUUUUACUUACAAAGGGCAUACAGUUCAUACAUUUUGUCAAAAGUAAUUUUAGGAAUGUAUGAACAAAAUUGGAAAAUCGACAUGAUAAAAGACAGAGGAGAGAUAACGCUAUGAGAACGUUAUGAAAGAGGGAUGUUAACGCUUUGUUAACAAAUUGUGUAUGAUAAACUUUUUAAACUUUUUAAAUAAUUUGAAUGAAUUAAUUUAAAAUUCAAAAUUUUAUUAGAUUAAAUUAGCUUUCUAAAAUAGCUCUGAUCAUAAUUUUUGGCUGAAAAAUAGCUACAAAACGGCUAACUAACCAAGAGUCUCCAUUUUUCGAUGAAUAGCAAUAUUUUGAUUUUAUUUUUCUAAAUUGUUGAAUUGAGCUAAAUGGAUUAAGUUUUAAUUUUAUUUAAUGUUUUAUUAGUUGUAGAAUCCAUUGGUAACAUUUCUCGAGUCCUAAUUCAACCGGAAUUGGAACACUUGAAUUUCCGGUGGGUUUUUACAUUUUUGUGUCGAUUCUUUUUUCACCGGAAACUAGAGAGCAUAAGCUUCUCAAUGCGUCCUUAUACGUCUUAAAACUCUAGCGUUUUAAUAAAUCAAAAGCCAUUUAGUACAUUUGGAACUUUUGAAACCUUGUACUUCCGGAACGAAAAACCGGAUCAACUUCUAACUUAUAUAUUUGUUUUUAGCUCAUUGAUAUUUUUAAUUUAUCAAUUUCAACCAUAUAUUUGACUGAAUGAAUUUGGAGAACAUUUUGGCCGCAUUCUUUAACUUUUAAAUUUAAAGCCAAAUUAAGGUUGGUGCACCCGCGCUUUGUACACGUAAAAUCUGCGUUCUAUACACUAGGACAUGCAAAAGUUAUAAAUCUAUAUACAGUGGCGGACAUAUACUUACGUACAGUUAGGAAAACUAAAUUUUAUUUGUUGUGUACUUAUACAUGAAAUAAUUAAGAAAAAGUCUAUUACGUUUUUUACAAGUUUAUAGCAUAUAUUAUGAGAUAGUAAAACAGUGUUUAUCAAUUUACUAUGACUAAGAAGUUUCUUGUGUUUGUUUACUCAAGUGUUAUAUUUUCUGCGGCCACGUAUUUACAUACACUGUAGUAAUACAUAGAUAGAGGGACUAAUGAAGGUAUUCGAACGGUUAGAUUUCUUAUCUUUAACACAUAAAAUAUAUAUGUUAAUCCUGAAUAUUUAAAACAAUUUAGUGUUUAUAGAAAGA